AUGUCAACUCGUAUUGUACCACCUACCAUCUUUGAAACAUUUCCUCGCAUCGUUCGCAACACUGUCAAACCACUCCUUCUGAACACAAGUACACCUCACACUCGCCCCAUUAUGUCCAGUGGAGCUGCACCGAGCUCGGUUGCGGGGUCCAUUAGCGCCAACGUCGCAGACUAUAACUUCCAGACCAAGUUACCGUCCUCUUCAUCGACAUCUCUUGACUCACGCCAGUCUCUCCUGACCAACUCUGUCCUUGAUCUCUUUGCGGGAUAUCCAACCAAACGUAAACUUGCACUGUGGAUCGACGAAGCCAGCUUCCACGACCCCUUGACCAUAGCUGAGGGUAGGAAGCAGUACGAAUCACAAUGGUAUGGACUCAAGUCAGUGAUGAGCGAGAUCCAUCAGCAGCAUGUCGAGGUAGUCCGAGCGGGGAAUCCCAUCGAGCUGAAACUCAAGACGUUAUACAAAGUCAAAGGAAUCGGUUCAGAGCAGGUCAUUGAUUCGCAUGUAUUGGUGCACCUGGAUGGUGAUGGCCAAAGAAUCGUCAAGGUUGAAGACCGUUGGGAUGGGAAGAUCCCGGACAACGCCUUUGCCAAGGCCUUUCGGAACCUCAACAGCGUCACAGUCCCUAUUGCCGUCUCUGUGCCCAAGUCGAUUGAAGAGGAGGAAGGCACAGCGAAGAGAUAA